CUGGCCAGGUUCCCGCCGCGACCCCUCGCGUGCGCCUGCGCAUGGAGGGCCGCGCCAGCCCCCAAGGCGAGCCCCGGCCCUGCCGCGCGCUCUGCCGCGCGCUCUGCCGCGGCCCCGUGGAGCCCGUGGUCUUCCUGGCCAACUUCGCGCUGGUCCUGCAGGGCCCUCUCACCACGCAGUACCUGUGGCACCGAUUCAGCACCGACCUGGGCUACAAUGGCACCCGCGACCGGGGAGGCUGUGGCAACCACAGCGCCAACCCCGCCAUGCAGGAAGUAGAGACCCUUACCUCCCACUGGACCCUCUACAUGAACCUGGGUGGCUUCCUGGUGGGAAUUUUCUGGUCUACCCUGCUGGGAGCCUGGAGUGACCGCGUGGGCCGCCGCCCACUACUGGUGCUGGCCUCACUAGGCCUUCUGCUCCAGGCCGUGGUGUCAAUCUUCAUUGUCCAGCUGGAGCUCCACGUUGGCUUCUUUGUGCUGGGCCGCAUCCUUUGUGCCUUCUUUGGUGAUUUUAAUGGUCUGCUAGCUGCUAGCUUUGCCUCCGUGGCCGAUGUCAGCUCCAGCCACAGCCGCACUUUCCGGAUGGCCUUGCUGGAAGCCUGCAUUGGUGUGGCUGGGAUGCUGGCGAGCCUUCUCGGGGGCCACUGGCUUCGGGCCCAAGGUUAUGCCAACCCCUUCUGGCUGGCCUUGGCCUUGUUGAUUGUCAUGACUCUCUACGCAGCAUUCUGCUUUGGUGAGACCGUGAAGGAACCAAAGUCCACCCAGCUCUUCACUCUCCAUCAUCACCGAUCCAUUUUCCAGCUCUACGUGGCGCCAGCUCCAGAAAAGUCCCGGAAGCAUAUAGCCCUGUACUCUCUAGCCAUCUUCUUGGUUAUUACUGUGCACUUUGGGGCCCAGGACAUCCUGACCCUCUAUGAGCUGAGCUCACCCCUCUGCUGGGACUCGAAGCUGAUUGGCUAUGGUUCUGCAGCUCAGCACCUUCCCUAUCUCACCAGCGUGCUCUGCCUGAGGCUAAUGCAGUUCUGCCUGGCGGACGUGUGGGUAGCUGAGAUCGGCUUGGUCUUCAACAUCUUGGGCAUGGUGGUCUUUGCGUUUGCAACCAUUACACCCCUCAUGUUUACAGGGUAUGGCUUGCUCUUCUUGUCACUAGUCACCACACCUGUCAUCCGGGCUAAACUGUCCAAGUUGGUGGGCAAUUCGGAACAGGGUGCUCUCUUUUCUGCUGUGGCCUGUGUGAAUAGUUUGGCCAUGCUGACAGCCUCUGGCAUCUUCAACUCGCUCUACCCAGCCACUCUGAACUUCAUGAAGGGCUUCCCCUUCCUCCUGGGAGCUGGCCUUCUCUUCAUUCCGGCCAUUCUGAUUGGGAUACUAGAAAGGACUUAUCCUCACCUGGAAUUCCAGCAGUUUCCUCAGAGCCCCUGAUCUGCCUAGAUAAAGGACAGAAGGCAAGAAGUGCAGAAUGCACAUGGAUCGCCUGAAAAUCUGCACAGCAGAGCUGGUGGCUUCCUGGGUGGGGGGCAGUGCUUACCUUGAACAAUUUAAGUUAGGUCAGGGUACUACCUGGUCCAUAACUGAGCCAGCCUCUGUCUAGGAUCUGGAAUCUUCUUCACCUGGACAGGCUCACUCCAGGGAGUUUACCCUCGAUCCCAUCACUUUAAUUCCGC